CGAAUUAAUCAAGCUUUCCACAUACAGGCUUUCUUUCCUCUUAAGGCGCUUCUUUAUCGAUGUAAAUAAAGAGGUAACACAUCAUCCGCUCCCUGCUGCCACCUAGGAUAUUUGACGAACGUACUACUACAAGUCAUCGCAUCCUCCACCGUUCGAUCUAGUGAUUUCCCUUCGCUGAUUACAGCUAACGCAACAAUGGCUAUUGUGGUCGAUAAGCAUAUAUUCCAGGGAAAAACAAAUUAUGAAACCGGGUCGACUGAAUUAUAUCGAAUAGUUUCAAAAACAGUCGACGAAAAUAUGCGGUUUGGAAGAAUUGAAGCACAUGCUUUUACCGAUUCAAGUCCCAACUUGCGUCGAGAUUACACUGCAUUACUCUCGAUUACAACGUGCCAUGAAACAUGGAAAUUAUUUCACCAGGCUAAGAGGGAAGACCUCGUACACAUCGCUAUUACGGAUGCAGAUUGUCCGCGAUUUCCCGACCACGAGGGCAUCAGCGUUCCGCUGUUGCAUCCUGGAGAGGAAUUAUCACAGGUGCUUCUGGACCUGAGAACGAGAUCGGCCCUUACUUGGAGUAAACUAAACGUCCUGCAUGACGAGACUUUCGGAAGAGAUACGAUCAGCAGAGUAAUGAUUGCUCUGUCAGUUGAACUUUUAGACUCGCGACUAGUCCCGACGACUAGAUCUAUUUUCACGAUUAAAGAGGCGAAAUCAGACCGAGGCAAGAGGCAGGAAGUAUUGAAAAUUCUCUCAAGUUUUUCCGAGGAGAGGCUUGGAAGUUGCUUUCUUGUCAUUGUGACGAUCGACAUGGUCGGCCUGAUAAUGGAAGUGGCUAAGUCGUUAAAUAUGGUUAACCCUGCAACGCAAUGGCUGUACAUUACGAGUGACACAACCUCACGAGAUCAGAACGUGACUAUGUUAAAUGAGAUCCUGAACGAGGGACAGAACGUGGCUAUUCUUCACAAUACGACGAAUACGGAUAUAACAACUUGUCAUGGAGGACUUACUUGCGACGUGAAAGAUCUCACCAGGGCAUUGGCAAUUGCUCUCGAGGACUCACUUGCCGAGGAGACUAAAUUGUCGGAACAAGUUACAGAGGAGGAAUUCGAGGCGAUAAGAUUUACAAAAAGGGAACGACGUCGGGACGUUCUGGAUAAGAUGAAAGAGCUUUUUAUCAGUCGAUCUGGAUCGGGGGGGAAGUGCGACAGGUGUUUGUCCUGGACAGUCACGUCAGCGAUAACCUGGGGGGAGUCCUUUGUUACUGGGAAAAAAAUAUCAGACGCGAGCGACAAUGGGACGGGCUAUUUCAUCGUUACCGGAACUUGGUCUCCUCGACUCGGUGCCGUGAUGACCGAUGCGAUAUUUCCCCACGUGGUACACGGUUUCAGGGGAAAGACACUUCCAGUAAUCACAUUCCACAAUCCUCCGUGGCAAAUAAUUAAUCGAAGUAAAACCGGCCAGGCUGUGUUCGACGGGCUUAUUUUUGACGUACUAAAGCAGCUCAGUCAUCGGCUCAACUUCACUUAUAACGUCCUCAUCGAAUCGGAUGAACAAGAUCAGAUGGUUAAGCCUUUGAGCCUUGGUGAUGCUGGAAGGGCGACGAACAGCGAGCAGCCUUCCAUGACUAACAGAAUUUCUUCAAACGUCAUCGAGGUCGUCCGUUCGAAAAAGGUCCUGAUCGCCGCUUGCGCUUACACCGUUAACGAGCAAAAAAAUAGCAUGGUCAAUUUUACCCGACCAGUUUCCACUCAGACUUACAGUCUGCUUGCCUCUAGGCCCAAACAAUUGUCCAGGGCGCUACUUUUCACGUCUCCAUAUACCAAGGAGACUUGGGGAUGUCUGGCGGGGGCCAUAAUAGCUAUGGGACCGAUAUUGUACCUGAUCCACAACUGGAGUCCGUUUUAUUCGAACACGCCGUUGUCACCAGGACUGAGAUCGCCCUGGGACUGCAUGUGGUAUGUGUAUGGCGCUCUGCUUCAGCAAGGAGGGAUGAAUCUACCACGAGCUGACAGCGGCCGACUGAUCGUUGGGACAUGGUGGUUGGUGGUUUUGGUAGUCGUCGCCACUUACAGCGGUAACUUAGUCGCUUUUCUAACUUUUCCGAGGAUAGACGCCUCUGUCUCAUCGAUAGACGACGUCCUGGCAAGGGAGCACGAACUCACUUGGACUCUGCCGAGCGGAAGUUACCUCUUCGAUUUCCUUGGUUCGUCCGAGGAGCCCAAAUUUCGGAGAUUCUUUUCCGGAGCCGCAAGGCCCAACGUCACGAACGAUACGGAUUUAAUGAAGCGCGUCAAGGAAGGAAAUCACGUCCUGGUCGACUGGCGAACGUCGCUCAGGUUCGUCAUGAGGAAGGAACUUCUCGCGACCGGAAGAUGCGACUUUUCUCUCAGCGCAGAAGAGUUCGUCCCGGAACCAAUCGCCAUGAUCGUUGCACCCGGUAGUCCCUAUCUCUCAAUCAUUAACUCCGAACUGAAACGAAUGCACCAAGUAGGACUGAUUCAGAAAUGGACGGCGGAGAGAAUGCCGAUAAAAGACAAGUGCUGGGAAAGGCCAGGCGUAAGUCAAGAGACUAGCAACCAUAAGGUUAACAUGGACGACAUGCAGGGAAGCUUUUUUCUACUUUUUAUAGCCGCGGCAACCCGAGUCCAAGGAUACGGUUCUUCUUGGCAUGAUCUUCCGGCUUCUGAGGCACCUCCGUUUCAACGUCCAGUGGACGUCAUGACGGAUGUGAUCAAUGAUCUUGGGGUGAGAAUUUUGCAACAAUACGGCGAGACCGGGCGUUACGGAAACGUGGCGUUUUCCCCUACGGGGAUUGGGUUUGUCUUGGCAGCAUUGUACGAGGGAUCAGCAGGUCCUGGACAUGAGCAGAUUGUGCACGCCCUUGAUCUUCCCCAGGAAAAAGACAUCACCAGGAUUGGCCUUAGGGAUAUUCACAGGAGGCUAAGGAGCUACCUCAGCCCUGACGGGUUUCUUGGUGGCCUGACUCUCAACAGAGACAACACAAAGUUGAGACCAGAGUACGAGAAUGUUCUCAAGUUUCUCGGCUUCGACGUGGCUUCUAGAGCCAACGGGUCUACCGAAAAUUCAACCUCAACAACACUUCCAGAAACUAUGGCAGAAGCUCCUACCACCCCUUCAGAUCCAAGUUCCCUGCCCGCGACUACUCCGAUUACGGUUGACGUAUCCGAGACGACGGAAUCCUCUACGAUCAUAACGACAUCGGUAGGUGAAGAUUUCGGAGAGGCUUUGACCAGCUCUUCAAAUAUGCCGACGACGAUCAUCGCCAGCACCGAAGAGCUGACGACGGCGACAAGUGACGUGGACACAACCACCAGAAUGAUCACCACGGAAACAAUACCUGCCCCAACAAUAACGGUUUCUGAGAUGGUCGAUAACUCUGGAGAGGAACUAACCACCAUUUCUAGUACCUUGCCCAUCCCGACGACGACGGAAUUGUUGACAACAACUUUGCAGGCAUCUUCGGCAUUGACGGAGGCAUUGAUCGAUGAAACUACAGAACUUGUUUCUUUGACAAAGAUGAGUGUCACGGUGGAUACUCCGGUUAUGGUUACCAAGGAUGCUACAACUGAAGUUGUAAUGCAAACUACCUUGGCAAGCGUCGAGGAAGUGACGGAUACCACGACAUUAGGUUCUACUACUGUGAACACCGAAGCCACAAUUCCUGGCGAGUCGACGACGCCGAUGGUCCCUGAAGUGGGUGUAGUAACUGAGAGUACAUCUACAGUGACUAUUGAUUUGGAAGAAGAUGGAUCUGAGAAUGAAUCGGAGCCGGACGUGUCCAUUUCAAGCUCUGAAGAAACGAUCGAAGAAAGUCUUGAAGAGUUGGCAACAACGACAGCAAUGGAAGAAAGGACUACGCCACAGCCGGAAGAGAUGGUCUCGAAUGAAAUUGUUUCCGAGUCUACAACAAGUCGUAUAGAUACAACAACCAUACUUCCAGAUGCUGAGGUGGAUACGUUACUAGAUUCGAUGAGCUCUGAAACUGAGACUUUACUUACUUCGGAACGCAAAAAUGGUAGCGCCGAGAUCACGACCACUUCCUCAUCUCUGGAAUUGGAAUCACGUGAACGACGAAGAGUCCGUGGCGUUGGGAUCAGGGAUCCUGUGGUGAGGACUCUGUUAAAUGCAAGAUCUGCCGAGCCAGAGGUAAAAGUGACGGCAAGAUCAGACUUGGUCAACUCGAAAGAAAUCGGCGCCGUGUGGAUCAACAGAAUUGUGGAGUAUUCUUUUACUGAGAAAAACGCUGACCGGAGCACGAAUUUACUGACAGUUCCAGAACAAGGCGGUGAUCAUCAAAAUGAGAAAUCUGUCAGCUGGAGUGCAAGUGGUGAAGCUGUACUGGAAGGUGAUAGACGAAAGCGUGGAACGAGGAGUCCAAGAAGUUAUUUCCCCGGCCAUUUUAACAUUCCGAAAUUUCCAAGUUUCCCUGUCUAUCCAGACUCUCCUGGAGCCUCAGAGGAAACUUCGUGGACUCGUAAGGUCGGAGGAUGGCGAGUGCACUCCUCAAAGCUGGACGAAGUCUCUGAAGAUUCGAGUGAACUGACCUUCCUCGUUAACGGGGAAGAGCCAACAGUUGUUUCUGCUGCGACAUACACAGUUGUCCUGCCUUUUGCAUUCCUGCCAUCCCUGCAGGUCUUGGCAUUGGAAUUUCCUCUGGACGAUCCGAGGUACAACAUUCUUUUACUUCUGCCAACGGACAGGGAUGGGACUCGCCGACUGGCUAAAGAGCUUGAAAGCGUCGGCCUCAGGGAGCUGAGGAAGGAACUACAUCCAGCCUGGGUCAGAGCGAUUAUUCCUUCGUUUAUGCUCAAGGGGUUCGUCACUUUAACGUCUUUUCUGCAGCGGAUUGGAAUCAGAGACGUCUUCGAGCCGCGGGAUGCCGAUUUAUCUCCCAUGACUGAUGACGUGGGCGUUUACGCGCGGGACGUACAGCAGAGCAUCGGUGUUAACAUACGAAAUUACAUGAAGCCUGACCGGACGCACUCGAGUGAGUGGAAUUAUUAUCAGGCCGAUCUGUCUCCUCCAAGGUUUCUUCCAACCCCCGAGCCACGUCUACGGGUCUUUCGAAACGAGCGUUACGAUGCAUGGCUUCCGAGCUGGCGGAAUUCUUACCAAUCUUUUAACCCAGGUCCUAUGUUAUUAGGAAACGGACUUUUCGAGCGGGCUGGACCAGUGAGUUUCGUCGCUGAGCAUCCAUUCCUCUUUUUCAUCAUCGAUGCGGAGACAGGCGUGUCCUUGAUCGCCGGGCGGAUAGAAGAUCCUGCAAAUUCGCGGAUUCUCUAACUCCACUGUUGUCGACUUUCGAUUCCAGUUCCUUCUAUACGUAAUAUCGAAUUGUUUUACUUUUUUUUCGGAAAAAGGAAAAACAUGGAAGGCUCUGAGACAGUUUUUUUUUUGCAAUGAAUCCAAGUAAAAGUAUCAUGCAUUUUGGGCAUUCCAUGUCAAAUCGACUCGGGUUUGAUCCUUGACCCCUCCGAUUUGCCUUGCGAUUUUUUAUAUGAUUAUUUUGAUUCUUGAAAGCAUUCAUUUUUUUCAAAAUUUGACGAAUUCGUUUGAAUUAGUUACAAUUUUUGAAACGACCAUGUUGUUUGACAUAAUUUAAAAACCAAAUCAGCCAGGUAGCAAAAUUUUUUAACCUUAAGCUGGAGUGGGCCGGCGUUCCUUUUAUAUUUUUCUCAAAAGAAUGAUUUUGAAAAACUAGAAGGAAGAGUCAAUUUGUGGCCACCUGUUCAAACAUUUUCAUGUACAAUCCCGAAUUUGUCAGAAUUUUUCAAAAUGAACAAAUCGUUUGUACAAUUUAGAAAUCUGAAACAUUCUUAAAAAUCCGGUAUUGCAUAUUAAAAUGUUUGAGUAAUCGCCCAUAGUAAUCUAAUUUUUCCUUUUAAUAUUUUUAAAUGUUUUUUUUUUUUUUGGUAAAGCUCGACAAAAUUUCAAGGGAACACCUACUACCACUCAAGACUCAAAAAUGUUGAUAUCUGACGCAUGAUUUUUCACAAUUAUUUCAAAUUUUUUAACUGUUUCAAUCAAUACAGUUUUUUAAAAAAUUUUUAUCUAAUUCAAAUUAAUCCGAAAAAUUUAGUGCUUUUGAGAGUCAAAACAAUCAAAUGAAAAAUCGUGAGUCAAAUCGGGGAGUUCGAGGGUCAGUCCCAGGUCAAUUUGAUAUGGAAUGCCCUGUACACAAAUCUUACUAAAGCUUGGCUUAUAUUCGCGUGUAAUUAUUAUGGGUUUUGAGUAUUUUUAUCGUAAUUUAAAUAGGAUUCGAAUGAUGAAUAACGUACUAUUUUUUUUUAACGUAAAUUUAUAUCAUAUUUAUAAUUGCAGCCCAAAUUAUGAACCGACAAUCGAACGAGAUAAUGCGCGAAAAUAAUGGUAUUUAAAACGGAGGAGUAUGAAUAGAAGGAUAUUUAUUUGACACAGCUUUAAAUAAAAGAUUUAUAUUAUAUAAACAACUGUAUAUCAUAAAUAUUUCAGUGAUUGUUAUCAUUAAAUAUACUUGCGCUAUUAAUUA